AAUUUCGUUUCAAUUCAAUGACGGAUAGCUGGAACGCGGAAGAAGAGUUGUGAUUGUGAUCGAAAUGUCCCCGAAAAUAAAUUAAAAACUAUGAUCUCAUAAUUAUUUAAAGUGGCUACUACGGUUUAAGAAUUUUAAUUUUUAAUGUAACUUAAACGUGUGCCUUUUUAAUUUUUAUCAUCCCUAGUUAAAUCAUGCAGCAGUCGCCUUUUGAAAAUAUAUUUAACAUUAUAGGCGGCAUUACUGAAGGGAACGAGAAACCCAUGAAACAUGGGUUUUACAACGCCUUUGCCCUCUUUAUAUUAGCUGUAUGUUGUGUGGCAGUGUAUGUCUUGUUUCUUAUAUUAGAGCCAUUUUUCAAACCAUUAUUCUGGGCUCUACUAGUGGGGUCCUUACUUCAUCCAUUUAAAUAUAAACUUUCAAAGAAAUUGAAGUCAUGGUUUGGAGAUCUUGAAAAAUCGAACACAUCUGUGAUAGUGGGAUUAAUGGUAAUACCUGUGAAUGUGGUUAACUUUGCUUCAGACACAGUUGGGCAGCAAUUUAUAGAACAUUACAAGACUGUGAUAGGGCUGCUCUCUGCAAUAUUUGUAUUACCAUGGCUGUACAACUCUGUGCCAAGGAGUCUAGUCUGCCUGUUCUGGCAGUUCAGCAGUUUCAUCAGCUUUUCUACGACACUGCUCAUCAGUGUCUGCAGUUCUUAUAUUACCUUGACUAUAUUCCUGGCAUACGUUAUCAGCGUUUACAUCCUAUGGACACCUCAGCGAGCGAAUAUCUUCCGGAUGACGUCACAACUACUAUGGCUGGUCGUCUCCAGCUUCAUAGCAAGUCUGACGGGUUCCCUGCAGGUGUACACGUUUGCACUACUCCAGGGAAUCUGUAUCACCGGCUUUGCUCUAGAAGUGCUGGACAUACAUAAAAAAUUGUUAGAGAAAGAUCCAGAAGCAUCUAUCUUAUUAGCAUUACACAAAGCAGUUUCUCCCGAUCAAGAAAUCGAGGAAAAAAUUGAAGAGAAACUAGAAGAAGAAUCUCAAAUAGAAUCUAGUGAACAAGAAACAACACCGGACAAAGAAACUCCAUCCCCUGUCACUCCUGAUACUUUAACGAAACGGGGAAGCUGGUCGACCAACGAUCCUAUACAAAGUUCUCCAAGACAUGCUAAAAUGUUGUUUAAGACAAGAACAUUGUCUGCAUUGCCUUUGUCAUCGAAUCAGAAAUUGAAGUCCGACAUCCGAUUCCUUACCGCCUUCAAACAGAGGUCGUUAGACGAAAAUUACAUAAAGAAUAGCUAUGACACUGAAGAAGAAACAGCUUUGUACUUUAAGCUCCUUUUCUUCGGAUGCCUUUGUAUGCUUGUUUGGAAACAUAUCUGGCUUCUCCCAGUGACUCUAUUCUUCUUGGCUAUCCAUGUUCUGAAGAGGCUGUUAGAUUAUUUCGGAGUUUGGCUGUUCUUUGAAAAUCAUUACAAUAAUGUAAUGGGGAAAGUGAAGUGUUGGUGGAAGUUGAGGCAAUCAGCCUUGCUCCCGGCCCACGUGCGCGGGCUCGGCAAGAUGGCGUGCCUCUGCAACUCGAGCUUCCGCGACAUGGCCUACAGCUCGGUGGACACCGUGUCAUCCUGCAUCGUCAUCGUCGGACUCAUAUUGUUCCUGGCUGUGGCCACCGUUUUUAUAUUUAUACAGAUAUACUCGGAAGCGAUAGUAGUGGUUCAGCUUAGCGGUAGUCUGCUAAACAGCACGUACGUUCAGAACAGUGAGUUGCACGCAUACUUGCCAGAAGGCUGGGAGGAAAAGCUAGACUCACUUAUUGACAAUGCUUACACAUACGGCAGGGAAGGAAUCUCAACAGCGGUCAAAAGCAUCCUCAAAGAAGGUGACCCGGAGAAGAUAAGUCGCGUGGAACAACAGAUCUUGGAGCUAUGGGACCGCGUGUACCAGAGCUGGGUGUCGGGGCACUUCGCGUCCACUGUGGGCCCGCAAGUCGACGGCUCUGCUAUACAGGACUCUUGGGAUUCCUUUGUCAACGAUGUUUCUAAUACUCCUGCAGGUAUGUUCGACUACUCUGGCAUUGUGACAUGGGUGCAGGCUAACGUGGGUACAUUAAGUGCUAUAGCGACCAGCAUCUGGGCUCCGCUAGCUAGUAACGUGUCUCUGCUGGCGGGCUCCGUCGGCGCGUUCACGUCGCUGUUGCUAUGCGGCGGCAGUGCCAUCAUCAACAUGUUUAUUAACUUGGUGGUGUUCUUCACGACACUAUUCUACCUACUGGCUUCUAGCAACGCUUUCUAUAAGCCAGUGGAGGUCAUCACACAGAUACAGCCUAACUUCGGUCCCAGACUUGGUAUCGCACUCUCUGUUGCCAUCAAUCAAGUGUUCAGGGCAUCAUUCAAGAUGGCCUUGUUCUACGGUCUCUGGACGUGGUUGGUUCACAACUUGUUUGGAGCCAAAGUUGUCUACUUGCCAUCGGUGCUAGCAGCAGUGCUAGGCGCGGCGCCGUUCCUGGGCCCGUACCUGGCGGGCAUCCCGGCCGCGCUGGACGUGUGGCUGCAGGGCCGCCCCAUGGCCGCGCUGCUGCUGCCCAUCGUGCAGGCCGCGCCCAUCGCUUUCCUAGACGCCGCCGUCUACGCCGAGAUUAAAGAUGGCGGACAUCCCUACGUAACUGGGCUAGCCAUAGCCGGGGGAAUAUUCUACCUGGGUCCCGAAGGCGCUAUCCUAGGUCCACUACUGCUAUGCUGCCUCAUGGUGGUCCUCAACCUGUCGUCCACGUUCCUGAGGGACACGCCCUCCGAGGAGAGGGCGGCAUUGCACUCGCGAGUCAGGCUCGGUGCUUAUCUCUGAUGGGCUUGCAUGGAACACUAACUUGUAACGAGAUCAUCUCAUUUGUCAAUUCGUAUUAGCAAUAUGUAACAGUUGAAAUGUCAAAGUAAUUAUAUACCGUUCGGUUGAAGAAUGGGAUUAGAAAUGGCGGCUCAGAGCAUACCGACAACAUACUUACAUUUGAGUAGGUUAAUAACACGGUGCUGCUCGCUAUCUGUUAGUUGAACUUGGCUCGACACGCUGCCAUGAUAGAUUGUAAUCAUAUAUUAUCAUACUCUGAGUAAAAAAAGAUCUCAAAAAAAUAAGAAUAAGAUUGAUACCAGUAAGUGCAAGCAUAUUCGCAAAUAGUGUGCGAGCGAGAAUAAAGAGAUUCGCCGCUAUUUCUGAUUCCAUUUUUUAUCCGCACAGGUAGUACACCGUACAUCCAUUUAUACACAGCGGGACAAAUUAAUGGGACACAUAGAUUAAGAGAUUAUAUUUAUGGAAAGUUGUAAUCUUGGAGUAAGUGCAAGUUGUAAAAUUGUGGCAGUGCAGAAAUGUAUGUGGCAGA